AUGGCGUCCAUCUCAUCCAUAAACGACUUGAAGAUUGGAACCAGCAACCUGCUCCAAUCUCCAAAGAAGGUUAUCAAGGCUCUGUACGACUAUACACCACAAGGCCCGGGCGAAUUGGCCUUCUCGAAAGGUGACUUCUUUCACGUGAUUGGCAACGAAGACGACCCUGAGUGGUACGAGGCCUGUAACCCUUCAAAGAAUCAAAGAGGAAUGGUCCCGGUGCCUUACUUCGAAACAUUUGAUAAGACAAGACCACCAACGACGAAGAAUUCAUCAUCGCCUUCGAAGGUUUCACGUUCUUCGAAGAAGCUGUCCACCGACUCAAUGCCAGUGUCGAUUUCUUCAAAGUCAUCCUCUUCAAAUACGCUCUAUGCCAUUGUCUUGUACGAUUUCAAAGCUGAACGCUCUGAUGAGCUGGACAUAAUUGCCGGCGAGAAUAUCAUAUUAUGUGCUCAUCAUGAAUAUGAGUGGUUUAUAGCCAAGCCUAUUGAUAGAUUGGGAGGACCCGGUUUGGUCCCAGUGAGCUACGUAUCCGUGAUUGAUAUCUUGACCGGGAAUUCGACGGGCAAUAACGUGGUUGAUGAUAUUACCAGUGCAAACUUACCCACAGUGGAACAGUGGAAGUCGAGAAAUGCCAAGUAUAAGGCUUCUUCAAUCCCAUUGGGCAACGUUGAUGAAACAACUACAGGAUCUCCACAGUCACAAAUAGCAAUAACGCCUGAUGCUGAUAUCGUUGUUAACGACUCUCUACCUUAUAUCGUUGACGCAACAGUGGAUUCGUUUUACGUCGACAAUGGAAGGUACUGGUUUCACAUAAAUGCGGAACUUAGUAACGGAGAGCUGAGAUCUUUGUGCCGUUACUACGAAGACUUCUACGAUUUCCAGAUUAGAUUGUUGGAGCUGUUCCCUGCAGAGGCCGGUAGAUCUUCACAGUCGCAAAAGAGAAUACUGCCUUUCAUUCCAGGUCCAUUAACAUACGUGACUGAUAAAAUAACAAAGAAGAGACAAGUUGACUUGAAUGAAUACGUUAAAGAAUUGGUGGCGUUGCCUGUUUACGUGUCGCAUUGCAAUUUUGUCAAAUCGUUAUUCUCCAUCAAGAAUGAAUUAGAUCGGGUACUCGAAAGUUCAAAUCUUGACUUGCAAGACGAUGACAGAGAAAGAACGAUUGUUAAGAAUGAAUCUAUCAAGACUCUCAACUUGGAGAGACAACCAACGUCACAGAAGCUGAAAUUCUACUACAAGGAUGAUAUAUUUGCAUUGCUCUUGUCUCGCGAUACAACAUUGGCUACGCUCCGUAAGAAAGUUUCUACAAGAAUCCAUGACGAAGAGGGACAAACUUCGUUCCGUAUUUAUACAAGAAUAGGUGAAGACAAGGGAGAAGAAGUCCUUAAUGAUGAAGAUGUUCAAAAUGUGCUGAAUCAAAAGUUGAAGAUGAUAAUUGAAGAUGAAUGA